GAAAACCGCGGCACCAUAUCUGUGACUGCAUGCUCUCAUCAUCUAUCCAAGGCGUAUUCCGGCUCCACCAGAGGUGUGGAUGUAGUUCGGCAAUCAUGAAUCCUCACACGCACAUGGCCGACCGGCAUGUUUGACAUAUCGCCUCCAUGGCCAUUGCCCCUGUAUAGCUGUUUCAUCUAUAUCACGAAAGGGGGUUGCAACUCCGUCUCAGCUUCUCUUCAGGCUGAUGUAUCCAUACCACUAGCUAGAUGAUAGGGCCCUACGAAGGUCUGGACGCAGCACAGCACUAUUUAUAUGGAAGCAAAGGGCGUGUGGUAGGAAUCAUCUUCUCCUUCUCCAGCAGAACACGUUCCUUUUACAUUUCGUUCUUUACCUUACUACACAAUGACACUACGUGUCGCUUCAUUCUUUACCUCUGCUGUUGCGCUGGCCGCCGCGGCAGAUCCGAGCCUGAGCCUCAAGACUUAUAUUGAUGCUCUAAAGCUCAAUGGCAGCUUCACGCCAUUCAUGGAAUCCUACUGGACUGGGCUCCCUCACCACCGAAGGACACCAUUCGCCGUUUCUCCCGAUGGCAAGACUGGCUACCUGGCCUACUUGGGCAGCAAUGGCAACGGCGUAUAUGUCCAACACGUCGACCUCUCGACGUUCAACGCUACUGGUACUACUGUGACGAUUGCGAACGUCAAAGAAGCGGGGGGUCUUGUUGGCCACAACGACGGCUUCGCAAUGCUCGGAAAUGAGCCACUUCCCGCCUCUACUGACGAUGCACCACCCAAUGACACGCCUGUGCCAGCCAUUUACAAAUAUACCAAUGGCUCGCAGGAGUUCAAGACCUUCGUGGCUGGUCCUGGAGUCCACGAGGCGGAUGGUCUCUCGAUGUCGCCUGACAUGAACGGAGACUUGGUCUGGUCGGACAAAGCAGAGCUCUACGGUGCUUAUUUUGUCGUGACUGCCUACACUGGUGAUGCCACUGGUCACUUUGGUGACAGCAUCCAGUACGUCAACAGUAAUGGUACACUUGAAGUCAUCGACGGCGCGUCUAGCUCUUGGGGAUGCUCACACAACACCGGAAUUGCUUUCGAGGCCGCCGAUGAGGCUCCCUUUGCCAGUAUAUGCGCUGAAGAUCAAGGGGCGAUCUGGCUCAACACGAAGGGUCAAGGCAUGUCUACCGAUGGUCUCAAGAUCUCCAACGAGAAUACCACGAAUGGCGGCGGCGGAGAGGCUAUGGGUGGCAUGUCCGGCUCGUACUCUGCCCUCGCUCAGUUCGUCAACAGUACUUCCUACAUCUUCGCCUGGGUGUCUCGCGGCGCCGUCAACCUCAAAGCGAACGAGUGGAUGGGUGAGGGCUACACCAAUGCUUUGAAUCGUACCAAUGGCCGACGGGUCGCAAUCGCACUUUUCUCUGACAAGGAGACUAUGGUCUCCGAAGAAGCUUCUUCUGAGGUUGGCGCAGCUUCGGGCGAUGAUCAAGUCAACUGGGUCACGCCUGAGAUUGGGGCCGACCGUAGUAACGCUCAUGUUGCAGCCUUCGACUCUGACUACGCCCUUGUCAGCUGGGAACAAAUUGAUGAGCCGCAGUGCGAUUUCAUUGCCAUGGGAUGUAAGGGAAAGUUCUCGGGUUCUUACUUCCAGCUCGUGAACAGUGCCGGAAAAAUGAUUGGCGAACCAAUCAAAGACAUGAAUACUUAUGUCGCAGGAGAUAUGGUCACCAUGAAUGAUGGCAGGAUCUGCUGGCCGUAUGUUCGCAUGAGUUGGGAGUUGGACGUGCCUGUGGUGGAAAGCCAGAUGAUGGCCAAUGCGACAAGCAUGAGCUUUGCUUGCAUGAGUUUGGUGUGAGAGGCGUGCAAGGUCACUAAAAUCGGCGCGGGAUGCCGAGAUCGUGAGUGUGUAGCCCUCAAGAUGUGAGGCGUACCCAGCAACGGACUGCUUUCGAAUCAGAUGAUAUUAGGGUACCCUCAGAAGCCACGUCACCCUUUCCGUGUCUUUGCUAAAAGCGUCGUCCGAGGAAAGUUCCAUUUCGGUAGCAGGCGAGAAGCCACACCUACGAAGACACUUGAUACUUGCUGCGUUGUCGGCAUUCACUUUGGCAAACAAUGUCUGCGCCGGAAAUGCCUUGACAUACCAUGUGCAGAAGUCUCUCGUGGCUUCCUGAGCAUAGCCUUUACCCCAGUGACUUGGUAGAAGCGAGAACCCAAUCUCGCGUGGCCUGAAGGUUCCCACAAGCCCGACCAGUUCUGAAGAUAGAAGUAUUGUGAUGGCAUGGAUCAGUAUAGGCUGGUCUGGUGGUGAAAUGUUCACGAGCACGAGCAGAUCGUCGAGCAUCUGUUCAGAGCGCUCCAACGUCUUGCACG